GACACCGGUGUAGGUGUAGGAGUAGAUGUAGGUGUAUACCAUCGAGGUUUGGCGCGGUCGCGUACUGUUCUUGGCACAGUUUCUGGUCAUCUCCUAUUGCGAGCGGAACGCGAGCGAUACUCGCGCGCUGGAUCCGUGCGUGCGGUUCUCUCUCUCGCGUCUCCUCUUAUUCCGCUCGGCCUGCAUCCGCGUCUAGUUUUCUAAUAACGUCCCAGCCCAGUUGCACGUCUGGCACCUGCGCUAGCGAGAUCUCGGCAGAAGAGAAAAAGAGUCGCACUGCCGAAAGAAAAUGCAAUUGACAACGUGUUGCAGAUGCUGUUCCUUGAAGACAGGCACUAUAUUCAGCGGAGUAUGCGGAAUCGUACUCGCCGUGAUUUCCCUGAUCUUGAUCUUCACAGUGAAUGUAGAAUGGAAAACGAUAAUUAUCGACAUCCUAGACAAAACGGCCGUCAAAAUUAUCUUCGCCAUCAACCUCUGCAUGACUAUCCUAAUCUCUUUGUUGCUCAUAAUUGGCGCCGUGAGGAAAAAUACAUUUAUGAUGCUUCCAUGGGUAGUCCUAGGCAUUAUGUUAGCUGUCGCUCUUUUUGUGAGCGUUCUUUACACCUCGAUCAUGUUCUUCAUAAAUCACGAAGUCCUCAACGGCGUCCUUUGGUUAAUAUUCGGUCUAAUAGCUGUCGUGAUAUACACAUAUAUGUGGCUGGUGGUGUACAGUUAUUUCCAGCAAUUGAAGUUCGAUAAGAUGAAUAGAGGAAUAGGCCCCUAUGGAAAGCCGUAUAAUUAUCGACGACCAUGAAAAAGCACAAUUGAACACAUAGAUACAAUUAUGCACAUAUUGAAUUGGCCCGAACAUUAUACAUCGCAAGAGUGCCUCAGACGUGUAUUUCUCUCGAUACAUUUCGUUAAAUUUACUGAAACUGACUUUUCCCACGAUGGUGUCAAUUUACUAUACAAUACGGUAUACAAUAAGAUAACAAUUAAAGAGAAAGGCAGAGAUUUAUUUAAUUAUUUCUUGCACAUUUUAAGUAUCUAUAAUAGCCUCACGAAGAUAUUCAUAUCACAAUUUAUAACUGCAUCAAAGCAUACAUUUUUACUUACACGAUUGAUUAUUUCGCAGAUAUAUUUCAUAAACUGCCUGUAGUAGCGAUUGCUAGCGAUGGUGAAACGUUUAGAGAGAUCAUAAAUGGUAUUUAUUAUUAUUAAUAUUGUUAUUGUUGUCAUAUAUAAUCGCUCGCACAAA